UCUGCCUGCCUCUCUGUCUCCAUCCCUCUGUCUCCAUCCCUCUGUCUCUCUAGCAGGUUACCUGUCCUUAGGUGUGACACUUGGACCCAGAGGGACACAGACAGACACCCCGGUCUGCAGUUGGUGUAGCAGAGAGAGAACAUGGCUUUGUCGUUUAAGAAAGACCUGGAGAAGUACAAGGAGAUUGACGAGGAUGAGAUCCUUAACAACCUGUCAGAGCAGGAACUCAAACAACUGGAGACUGCUCUGGAGGAGAUGGACCCAGAGAAUGCAUUGCUGCCAGCGUCGAUGCGUCAGAAGGACCACACAGUGAAAGCAGCCACCGGCCCCUACAGCAGAGAGAAGCUACUCAGUUUUCUGGAGAAGGAGGCCCUGGAGUACAAAGACAGAGAUGAUGUUGUGUCUUUCUCUGGAGAGAGGAAAGGCAAGGCAUUUGUUCCAAAGCAGCGGCCCAUCGAGUCUCGUCAGGAAGAUGUAACGACCCUUGACCCGGAACUAGAAGAGGCCCUGUCCAGUGCUACUGACACUGAGCUCUGUGACCUGGCAGCGAUCCUAGGUGUCCAUACCCUGGUGACCAGCACCCAGAGCUACGAUGGAACCAGCAGUAAAGACGGAGGAUACAACAACGUGGUGAAGGGGGAGAAGAUGACCCCAGUGUUUGAUGAGCCUCCUAACCCCACCAACGUAGACGACACUCUGCAGAGGAUAAAAAACAACGACGCUGCGCUGACGGAGGUUAACCUCAACAACAUCAAGAACAUUCCCAUUCCCACGCUGAAGGAGUUUGCCAAGGCCAUGGAGAGGAACACACACGUCAAGAAGUUCAGCCUGGCCGCCACACGGAGCAACGACCCCAUCGCUGUGGCGAUGAGUGAGAUGCUGAAGGAGAACAAGUGGUUGCGGAGUCUCAACCUGGAGUCUAACUUCAUCACCAGCGCUGGUGCUGCCGCCCUGGUGGACGCUCUCCGAGACAACGACACACUGACGGAGAUCAAGAUAGACAACCAGAGGCAGCAGCUGGGGACUUCAGUAGAGAUGGAGAUGGCUAAGAUGCUGGAGGACAACAACAGCAUAGUGAAGUUUGGCUACCACUUCUGUCAGCAAGGCCCACGGGCUAGAGCUGCUGCUGCUAUCACCAAGAACAAUGACCUGAGUAAGAACAUACACACACACACACACACACACCACUUCUGUCAGCAAGGCCCACGGGCUAGAGCUGCUGCUGCUAUCACCAAGAACAAUGACCUGAUCCGCAAGAGGCGAGUGGAAGGGGACCAGUAAGGGGCGGAGCCUGUCCUGUCUCCCAGCCUGUCCCGUCGUCUCAUCUCGCCGUAUGGAAUAAAUUUUCAGCCAAUCCCCUGGUCUCAUCUCACCGUGGCGUGCGUGUGGACGUUGUGCCAAAACCCGGAGCAAGGCGCCCUCAACCAGACAGGGACUGAGUCCCAAAUGGCACCCUUGUUCCCUACGUAGUGUACUACUUUUGACCAGAGCCCUAGGGGCUGUGAUCGUGUACUAUAGAGAAUAGGGUUCCAUUUGAGACUCAGCUAACAUCAUCUAUCUGAGAAGAAGAUAAAUAACUGGAAUAACCCUCUCCUCUAGUACCUACAUAUCUAUACAUACAUGUUGUUAUUAUUAUUAUUGUUUAUUAUACUAUUGUUAGAACUACAGCUGUACAUCUUAUUGUUGAGUUUUUUUCAGUUCAUUUCAGGCGCUUUUUUCUUUUCUCUGAAUGAUUAUUGUUAUUAUUAUUUUUUUACUGUGUUUAUAGCAACAUGAACAGUACUGUAACCUAACCAAGUAACCAUGGGUUUAAACAUACUAUCCUAACCUCUGACCUCUAACCCCUACAGUGGUAUAGGGCCCUGACCUCCAAUCUCUUGGUUCUGAAAGCUCUUGGUUCUGAUCUGUAGAUCGGUGCUUCCUAGACAGUGGGAAGAGAGAGUCAGGACCCACUGGUCACCUCUAGCAGACUGGUUCACCUGGUAGGACUGUCUGUUAACCUCCUGGGUUGGCCUGGUAGGCCUGUCUGUUAACCUCCUGGGGUGGAUGUGGUGGGUUGUCCUGGUAGGCCUGUCUGUUAACCUCCUGGGGUGGAUGUGGUGGGUUGUCCUGGUAGGACUGUCUGUUAACCUCCUGGGGUGGAUGUGGUGGGUUGUCCUGGUAGGGCUGUCUGUUAACCUCCUGGGGUGGAUGUGGUGGGUUGUCCUGGUAGGCCUGUCUGUUAACCUCCUGGGGUGGAUGUGGUGGGUUGUCCUGGUAGGACUGUCUGUUAACCUCCUGGGGUGGAUGUGGUGGGUUGUCCUGGUAGGGCUGUCUGUUAACCUCCUGGGGUGGAUGUGGUGGGUUGGUGCAGCUGUAGUGAACUCUGAGGAGUGUAUGAGAACAGCUGCCUUUCUGGAAAAGUCUCAAGCCCUGAAGAACGUUUAUAGAUGUCUUAAUACUGUCGUAAAGAAUUUAAAGUCUUAAAGAAUUAAACAAGUCUUACAAUUAAUAAUACGGUGGUUCUCUUUCAAUCUCAACAGUUUGUUUUUUUAAUCGAUUCAGACUCAGAUUUAAUGGGUUUAUUUUAUUUCCCUCUUAAUGUCGCUGGGAAACGUAUGUGGAUGUUAUUUAACCAAGUAAAUAUGAUGAGGUUUUUAAUCCACGAUGGUGAAGCGUUGACCUGAUCUUCUGCUGUCCUCUGUUAUUGGUCUGGCGUGAACGUCAGCUCAACCAAUGGGCUUCUCCGAUACUGAACCAUGCCAAAGACUAAUAUGCAGCGCUUACAUUACGUACUGGACUUGUGAGGAGAUACAACUCCAUGUCACUAUAUUCUCUUUAGAUGACACAUAUCCUGUCAGAGAGUAGGCCAGAUUAGACAGAACACAACAUCUGGGUUCAUUACACUUAUUAUUUUAAUUUGACGUGCACAGUGUCGUGUACAAUGUCGUCAUCGUUUGAUGUGCACUGUGUUCCUUCUCUCUGCUGGGCUGUUGUUGCUAACGGUGAUGGAACAACCAAAGAUGGCCGUCAGUGGAGCAGUGUCUGUGUGAAGGAAUGCCAUGGCAUUGAGAGAGACGCAGGAGAGAGCUCCACACCACACAGUGGUCUGGAACAGGCUCCUAGCCCUGGCAUGCUACUCAUUAUGGAUGAAAGCAUGCUGUGUUAAACUCAGCUGGAUUCUCCUGAGAACACUAGCCUACUGUAAAACAGACAAUAUACAGCCUGAUGUUGACACUCACCAUUUAUAGAGAAUUACAAACUGGGUGGUUCUAGCCCUGAAUGCUGAUUGGCUGACAGCUGUGGUAUAUUAGACCGUAUACCACGGGUAUGACAAAACAUUUAUUUUCACUGCUCUAAUUACGUUGGUAACCAGUUUAUAACAGCAAUAAGGCACCUCGGUGGUUUGUGAUAUAUGGCCAAUAUACCACGGCUCAGGGCUGUGUCCAGGCACUCCGCAUUGUGUCGUGCUUAAGAACAACCCUUAGCCGUGGUAUAUUGGCCGUAUACCACACCCCCCCGGGCCUUAUUGCUUAAUUACAGGCUGGCCUCCUGGACACACAUGAAUCCUACUCCUAGACCAAAACUGCUGUCUGUGUCCAGGAAACUGGUCCUAUGUGUUAAUGUACUAAUCUGGUGUAGGAAGUCAUCAUGUUGUGAUCAUGUGGUUUGUCUGGACCAAUACUGUGGUCAUGUUUCAUUUCUUAAUCAUAUCUGGUGAACCAGACAGUCAGCCAGCCAGCCUUGAUUCUGUGGGUGGGAUAGAGCGAUGUGAUUGGUUGACUAAGGUUAUUUGGAGUGAUGCUGUCUGCUAUACUAUAAUGUCUGAAUCCCAAAUGGUUCCCUGUUCCUUAUAUGGUGUACUUCCUGUUGACCAGGGCCCAUCGGGUGUAACCCAGGCGAUAGUAACCUGGCUCUGUGCUCUGCUCUGUCCCAUACUCUGAUCUUAAUCAUGUAUAUUGUUAUAGUUGACCAUCUCAAAAUGUUUACCCUCACAUACAUUCCACACUGUCUCUCACACACACACAUACACACAUUCCACACUGUCACACACACACACACACACACACAUUCCACACCGUCUCACACACACACACACACACACACACAUUCCACACCGUCACACACACACACACACACAUUCCACACCGUCACACAUACACACACACACACACACUCCUGUGUGUAUCAAGUAAAUGUAAAGCCCCUGAUGCGGAGGGAUUUUUUGUUGUUGUAUGAUGAAGCUCCAUGUCUGGACUGAAGAGAAGAGGAAGUAGGAAGCUGUACUGUUCAUAUUAACCACCAAGCCUGGUAAAAAAAGCCAUGUCAACUAUAAUACGUCCUCAAACAAUAAAUGUUUUUACAUA